CCGCGAUACCACACAAACCCUUCUCCCUUCCCCAAACCCUCAAUUACUCACUUCUCACAAACACACAACACAAAAAACAUGCCCAACCACGUCGUCUUCGACGUCGUCGGCACCUGCGUGUCCUUCGAUGCCUUCUACGCCACUAUCGAGCGCACGCUCGGCCCCCAACUCAAGGCGCACAACAUCACCGCCCAAACCCUGGGAUUCACAUGGAUGACCAACGCCGAGCUCCAAUUCACCUUCCUCUCCAUCUCCGAAAGCUACAAGCCCUACAAAAUCGUCAUCACCGAACUCUUCUACCAAACCCUCGCCAUGAUCGGCAUCUCCGACCCCCACAGCUUCGCCACCCCCGAACAACGCGACGCCUGCGUAGCCGGAUACGCCGCCCUCGAGCUCCGUCCCGGCGCGCGCGAAUGCUUCGCUAAGCUCCGCGACGCCGGGUUCACGGUCUGGUGUUUGACGACGGGCGAUACGCAGCGGGUGCGCGGAUACUUUGAGCGGGCGGGCGUGGACAUGCCCUUGGAGAAUUUCCUGAGCUGUGAUACGGCGGGCGUGGCGAAGCCGGCGUUGGCGGCGUAUCGGCCCGCGUGGGAGAAGUUGGGUAAUAAGGACGGGCAGAAGUGGUUUGCCGCGGCGCAUUUGUGGGAUGUCACUGCUGCUACGAAGGUCGGGUUCCGCGGCGCUUAUUGUACGGUUUAUGAGAAGGAGGGGGCUUAUAAUGUGUUUGAUGCGCCGUUGGAUGUGGUGUCGGAGUCGUUGCCUGAGAUGGCGGAGAAGAUUAUUGCUGCGUCGAAACAAUGAAUUGAUG